AUGCUAACAUUAGCUAUUCUGUCCUGAAACUGUCAGACCGGUGACUCAGUAGAACAAUGUGACUCAACACAGAGUCCAGCAGUUGAUGGCGUGAGCGGAAUGUCCGUGGAUGAGAAGCCUGAAGCCCCCAUGUAUGUGUAUGAGUCGACGGUUCAUUGUACCAAUAUCCUCCUCUGCCUCAACGACCAGCGGAAGCAGGAUAUCCUGUGCGAUGUGACUGUCCUGGUGGAGGGCAAGGAGUUCCGCGGGCACCGGGCCGUGCUGGCCGCCUGCAGCGAGUACUUCCUCCAGGCGCUGGUGGGCCAGGCGGAGAAUGGCUUGGUCGUUAGCCUCCCUGAAGAGGUCACUGCCAGGGGAUUUGCCCCAUUGUUGCAGUUUGCCUACACUGCUAAGCUGUUACUCAGCAGAGAAAACAUCCAGGAGGUCAUCCGCUGUGCUGAAUUCCUGCGCAUGCACAACCUCGAGGACUCAUGCUUUCGUUUCCUGGAAGCUCAGCUGCGCAGCGAGGACGACAGCCUGCUACCCUACCACAAGGUGGCCGCGGAGGCAAACAACUCAGAGGAUGAGAGCAUGCAGUCAGAGGCGGAAAGGCCCACCUCCCCCAGGGCGCGGCGGUGUGCCGACGCCCUCGCCUCCUUCCGACGCCCUGACAAUGAUCGGCUAGCGAUGGCUAUACCCAGUAACUUCACGGACGGCCGGCUGGACUUCGAUCGGCAUGGAGUGUCAGACCUGCCACGAUGCCCCAAGUACAGGAAAUACCAGUGGGCUUGCAACAAGCACAAUAUUGACACCUCCUCACACACCAGUACCUCAGGUUUUCCAAGCACAUUAAAAGAGAGCAGCGUUAGCGGGGAAGUGCCGGAUCAGGUCAGGCUGCCUUUGGCACAGAUCAAAGUUGAACCACAGGCAGAGGAAGAGGCCAUCUCAUUGUGCCUGUCAGGGGAUGAGCAGGAUGUCAGGGAUAAGGACAGUGUGACAGCCAUGGAGAUGGAUAGCCCAAUAUCUAUGGAAAGAACCAAGAGAACCAAGUCUCCUUCCUGCCUCCGAGCCCUCUUCAAGAAAGGGAUGGACCUCCCCAGCCUGCCCAACACAUCACAGCAGCUAUUCGCCAACAGACUUGUUUGCCCCCAGGACAAAGGAAACUCUCAGGGAGAUCAUAAAAAAGACUUCAGGCCUUUCACUGGGGAGCUGGAUCUGUCUGUUACAUCCCCAAAGGACAUGGACGGUUUCCCUGCAGGGUUGUCCCUCAAGUCCGCUUCCUGUGAUGGGGUCUGCAAACAGGAAGUUGAGCUAGACCGCCGUAGUGUCAUAUUUUCCUCAGGGGCCUGCAACCAUCUGGGAACCCCAGCGCAUUCCUACCCUGGUGGGAACUCUUUGGAGAUGGAGCUCUCUGAGCACAUGCCAAAGGGCCUGUGGGCUGGAGCCAGCCAGUCCCUCCCCACCUCCCAGACCUACUCUCCCAGCACCACCUCCACUGAACCUCCACUCUUAUGCCGCCCAAGGCCCAACACCAGCUGCCCAGUGCCAAUCAAAGUGUGCCCACGCUCGCCGCCUUGUGAGACGCGUACCAGGACUUCCAGCUCCUGCUCCUCAUACUCCUACGCGGAGGACGGCAGUGGAGGCUCUCCCUGUAGCCUGCCCCAAUUUGAAUUCUCCUCCUCGCCGUGCUCCAACGUGGCACGCUGCCUCAAUGUGGACCAGCAGGAGCAGAGUGUGGGAGGGGAUGCUCUUUUUAACCAAGUGCGGCCCAAGAUCAAAUGUGAGCAGUCCUACGGCACCAACUCCAGCGACGAGUCAGGGUCCUUCUCAGAGGGAGACAGCGAGUCCUGCCACGUACAGGAGCGGGGGCCAGAGGUGAAGCUCCCUUUCCCCGUAGAUCAAAUCACAAAUCUUCCACGGAACGACUUCCAAAUGUUGGUGAAAAUGCACAAACUGACCUCGGAGCAGCUCGAGUUCAUCCACGACGUGAGGCGGCGGAGCAAGAACCGCAUCGCGGCGCAGCGCUGCCGCAAGAGGAAGCUCGACUGCAUCCUGAACCUGGAGUGUGAGAUCAGAAAACUGGUGUGUGAGAAGGAGAAGUUGCUGACGGAGAGGAACCAGCUGAAGGCGUGUAUGGGCGAGCUGUGGGAGAACUUCUCCUGCCUGUCCCAGGAAGUGUGCAGGGACGUCCAGCUGAGCCCCGAGCAGGUCCAGUCGUUACACCACUACUGCCCCGUGCUGCGGCCCUCCAACUCCACCGCCGGCAACAACGCUGCCCACGAGCCCAAGCGUCCCCGCAGCCCCUCCGCCGCCCUCACCAACGCCACCACCAGCAUCGACCUCACCGCCCACUCGGGCUCGGCCACGCCGGAACCCAGCUUCCACGGGUCGCCCGGCCCCUCAGAGAGCGAGCCUGACUUGGCCGUCAGAAACGGGGCGGAUAAAGAUAUGGACGGCCAAGACGCCGGCUUGUACACAAAGUCAGGGCUGUCCACUGAAAAAUCCAACCAGACGGUAACAGUUGAUUUUUGUCAGGAAAUGACUGACAAAUGCACAACUGACGAGCAGCCGAGGAAGGACUGUGCUAUGUAG